CCCGCCUGUCUACAGCAUUUUAUUAACGAUCACAUUUUUCUUUUGUGGAAGUUAUAAAUUUAGUAUAUUUUUUUAUUUUAAAUAAGCUGGGCUAGUGAAUAUACACAAUUCAAAAUGUUUUGGGGGCUUAUUAUGGAACCAAAACGACGUUACACACAAGUUGUAAAAAAGGCAUUUCAUAUAUCAAUGGCCUCUCUUGAUAUCACAUCAGGCAAUAAUGAACCAACACAGGUUUUACUAACUUAUGAUGGUCGAAAUUACCUUCUCUGCACUUUACAGAAGGAAAAAGACAUACAGGUGCCCCUUGACUUAAAUUUUGAAGAAGGAGAUGAAGUUUCUUUUGCUACCAAUGGCAGUUGUCAUGUCCAUUUAACUGGUUAUUUAAUAACUGAUGAAGAUGAAGUUGAUGAAGAGGAGGAUGAGGAAGAAGAUCAAAAGGAAACUAUGAUAAACAGUCCAGAAAAUGUACUAAAAAAGAGCUUGGAGAAGAAAAAGAGGAAAAGUAGUGGAGAUAGCAGUCCUAAUGAUUCACCUAAAAAGUCAAAAACAGCACAAUUGCUUGAGGCUGUAAAUAGUGAUAGUGAUGAUUCAGAUGAUAUGAAUUUUUCAGACAUAUUAAAGGAAGAGGGUUUAGAAGAAGAAGAAAGUGGAGAUGAUGAAGAAAAUGAAGAAGAAAGCAGUGAUGAAAUUGCUGCUGAAGGAAGUGAAGAUGAUGAGAAAGGUGAAGAUGGUGCAGAAGAAGAGUCAAGUCUUAGUGAUGAUGCCUUUGAGCCUGAAAAACCAAAAGUAAAUGGAGUGACUCCUAAGAAAAAAGAAAAAAAACAAAACCAGGAAAAGACACCUAAACAAAAUCAACAGAAAACUCCCAAAAAGGAACUUGGAAAGACCCCAAAAGAAGCAAAAUCAGCCCAGAAAGAAAAGAAAACAGAAAAAGGAGAGAAAACUCCAUCAAAAGAACAGUCAAUGCCACAGGCUAAAAAGAAAAUUCUAGAAGGAGGAGUUCAGGUUCAAGAUCUAGUUGUAGGAAAUGGUCAACUUGCCAAACCAGGAAAAUUGGUUCAGGUUUACUAUGAAGGAAGGCUAAAAAACAACAACAAAGUCUUUGACUCAGCAAAGCAGGGCAGUGGCUUUAAAUUUAGAUUGGGCAGCCAGGAAGUAAUUAAGGGAUGGGAUGUUGGUAUUCAGGGUAUGAAAGUUGGCGGCAAAAGGCGAAUUGUUUGCCCUCCAAAUAUGGCGUAUGGCCAAAAAGGUUCACCUCCUGUUAUUCCUUCAAAUUCAACACUUAUUUUCGAAGUUGAGCUUAAGAAUGUUCAUUAAAUGUUUGGUUUAAGUUUUAAGUCAUUUCUUUUUUUAAAGUAAUGUUUUGCAUAUUUCAUUACUAGAAUAUUGUUAAGAAAAAAAUGUAUAUUUUUAGGUAUUUCUGAUAAGGAAUGUGUUUUGAACAUGUGGAUUACCUUUUUCUAAAUAAAACUUUUAAAUAUU